GUAAUGCUUCUAAUGCCGGUCUGCCAACCGCCAUUAAACUUUACGAAAAAAGACCUGGAAGAGACUUGGCGUUUUUGGGGAUCGAGGAGGGGGACAACCUGCAGCCAAGAAUGAGCUGGAAGUCAAGCUAAGAGCCUGUGGCCUCCGCCCUAGUCUGGCCACACCAUGGCUGUAACAAACCUCUUCUCCCUGGAGCAACAGUUGUCUUGCUCCAUCUGCCUGGAGGUCUUCAGCAAUCCUGUCAAUCUUCCAUGUGGACACACGUUUUGCCUACACUGCAUCCAGAAAACUUGGGAUCAGAAUCCCAUUGGCUCGGUCAACUUGUGCCCACAGUGCCGGGCUGCCUUCACCACCAGGCCCAAUCUGCAGAAAAAUAUUGUCCUAUGUGGGAUUGUGGAUGAGUUCCAUAAGAUGGGCCAGGCGGCAGCCAGGCUGACUUUGGCGGAGGACAUCACAUGCGAUUCUUGUGGGUCCAAGGCAGCAAAGUCCUGUUUAGCCUGCUUGUCUACAUUUUGUGAGGUCCAUCUGAGGCCACAUCUUGAGGACAAGGCCCUUCGAGACCACCAGCUCACUGACCCGGUCAGAGAUUUGGACAGGAGAAAAUGCAAAGUGCACUCAAAGUUCCUUGAGUUCUUCUGCAAGACCGAUCAGAUGUGCAUCUGUAGUCUGUGCAUCCUGCAUGCACAUCGGGAUCACAAAAUCAUUACCCUGGAAGAGGAGACUGGUGAGAAAAAGAAUCUUCUUCAGGAAGAAAAACUAAGAAGGCAAAACCAAAUUGAAGAUAUUAAUAUAGCAAUUCUUAAAUUAAAGGACAAUAUCACUUCUAUCAAAGAAACAACGUGUCGGGUGAGAUCUGACAUUGACAAACACUUUGAUGAUCUGAUCAACUGCAUUAAAGAGUCGCAGAACAUUGUAACGAACAUCAUUGACAGUGAGGAGGCUGUUGCCUUGGCACAAACUGACAGCAUCCAGAGUUGGCUGAGCCGGAGGUGCAUUGGACUAAAGCGGAAAACUGAUGAAAUAGACCAGCUCUUGAAGUCUGAUGGCAUUCAACUCUUAAGGGAGUUUCAAACUCUGGAAGAAAUGGAGACAGAUCAGGUUUUACCCACAUUGGACACUGAUAUUGAUAAACAGCUCUCCAAUUUAAAGAGCAUAAUUGUCGAGCUGACUAAAGAUAUUACGGCGCAGCUGCGCAGAGCCUGUCAUGAGAAGCUGCCUGCAAGUAAAGAAAAUGUUGAUCUUCAGUCGAUGCCAACUGCUACCCCUUGCAGCACUUCUCAACCUCUAAUGUCAUCCUGUCCUCAGGGCUUUUGUCCAAUUCCGAACUCCUUAAUAACUGCUGAUUUCCAGUCCCUGCUGAAUCCUAUUCAACAGUCAUUAAUGCUCUCACCAGAUCUUUGGGCGGUGGGCACUUCACAGCUAAAUGCAUCUUUCCAGCCCUUGCCAACCAAUGCUGACAGGCUCAUGUCUUGGCCACCUCCAGCCUCGGCUACAAAUGUUCUCAGUUUCAGAGGGCUCUUGGCCAAUCAACAAAAGGGUGUCAUAAUGGGUAGCCGAUGUGCCAUUGCUCCAUGCAGUGCUCGUCCUGUCGUACCAUCAAUGCCAACAUCAAAUCGGGUUAGAUAUCAGUAUUCAAGGACGUCUGCUAAGGAAGACGAGCCUCUCACAGCCACCAUGCUUUCAGGACUCCCCAUGAAGGAACAGAAACAACUCUUGGGCGAACGGCUUUACAAGUUAAUCCAUGUUAUGCACCCUUCCCUGGCGGGAAAGCUCACUGGGAUGUUGUUGGAGAUGGAUAACUUGGAACUGCUGCAUUACUUGGAAAGCUCAGAUUCUCUCCGCUCAAAGGUUGAUGAAGCUAUAGCUGUGCUACAGAGACAUCAGGCUCGGAAGGACUUCCUUCAGAAAAAUAACAUGGCCAGAACUACCACAAAACAGAAGAAAUAAGGAGCAGCAAACAGACGGGACUUGCAUCACCAAUUACAGUGGCCCAAUCUGCAUCAAGUAGCUGCUGUGUGUUCAGUUUACAGUAAGGCCCGCAUGAAAGAAUUGAUGAUCACAUUGGUGGCUUAUUGCUAGGACUCAAUUUUGAAACCAGCACGUACAGAUAUUGGAUAGUUCAGGGAGGGUUUAAGUGAAGUCUGAAGCCAGAUGACUUUGGCCACCACUCCACAAAAGUUGCCCAUAGUCUAGAAUUGCUUAGUGCAGAGGUCUCAUUCUUAUGGAGAAAAAGCUGCAAGAAGGACUUGUAAUGGGAUUGUUGAUGUGAUGCACCAGUGAAUGUUUACUUUCUGGGUCUCCUAUUCAUAAGACAAUAAAAUAUAGGAGAAAAAUUAGGCCAUUUGGCCCAUCGAGCCUGUUCUGCCAUUUCAUCAUGCCUGUUCAUUUCUCUCCCAGCCCCAAUCUCCUGCUUUCUCCCCAUAUCCCUUCAUGCUCUGAUCAGUCAAGAAUCUGUCAACCUCUGCCUUAAGUAUACUCCAUGACUUGGCCUCCACAGCUGCCUGUGGCAACAAAUUCCACAGAUUCACCCCUCUCUGGCCAAAGAAUUCCCUCAUUGAGAUCCCCCUCCUCCUUCAUUCUUCUGAAUUCCAGUGAUUACAGGCCCAGAGGCAUCAAAUGCUCCUGAUAUGAUAACCCUUUCAAUCCUGGAAUCAUUUUUGUGAACCUCCUUUAAACCGUCUCCAAUGUCAGCACAUCCAUUCCUAGAUAAGGGCUUAAAACUGUUCACAGUUCUCCAAGUAAGGCCUCACCAGUGUCCUAUAAAGCCUCAACAUUGCAGUCUUGCUUUUAUAUUCUAGUCCUCUUGAAAUGAACGCUAACAUUACAUUUGCCUGCCUCACCACUGACUCAACAUGCAAAUUAAUCUUUAAGGAAUUCUGCAGGAGGACUCCCAACUCCCUUUGCAAUUCAGAUUUUUGAAUCUUCUCUCCACUUAGAAAAUAGUUUAUGCUUUUAUUUCUUCUACCAAACUGCAUGACCAUACACUUCCCGAGACUGUAUUCCAACUGCCACUUCUUUGCCCAUUCUCCUAAUCUGUUUAAGUCCUUCCGUUGCCUCUCUACUUUCUCAACACUACUUUCUUCAUAUCAGCUGCAAACUUGGCCACAAAGCCAUCUUUUCCACCAUCUAAAUUAUUGACCUAAUGUAAAAAGAAGCGGUCCCAACACAGUGCCCCAUGGAACACCACUGGUCACUGGCAGCCAACCAGAGAAAGCUCCCUUUAUUCCAACCCUUUGCCUCCUGCCAAUCAGCCAAUGCUGUAUCCUUGUUGGUAUCUUUCCUGUAAUACCAUAGGCCCUUAACUUGUGGGACCUUGUCAAAGGCCUUCUGAAAAUCCAAAUACACAACAUCCAUCGAUUCUGCUUUGUCUAUCCUACUUAUUAUUUUUUUAAAGAAUUCCAGCAGAUUUGUCAGGUAAGACUUUCUCUUAAGGAAGACAUGCUAACUUCGGCCUAUUUUAUCAUGUGCCUCCAGAUAUCCCGAAACAACACCCUAAGCAAUCGACUCCAACACCUUCCCAGCCACUGAGGUCAGACUAGUUGGCCUUUAUUUUACUUUCUUCUGUCUCUCUCCCUUCUUGAAGAGCGGUAUGACAUAUGCAAUUUAUAUCUACUCUUGCCUUUCUUUUACACUUUAUAAAUCUGAAAAAGCUUUUGAUAUACUUGUUUGCUUCUUUAUGACUUUUUAGUUGCCUUCUGUUGGUUUUUAAAAGCUUCCCAAUCCUCUAUCUUCUCACAUAUAUUUGCUCCUUUAUAUGCCCUCCCUUUUGGUUUUUAUGCUGGCUUUGACUUAUCUUGUCAGCCACAGUUGCAUCAUCCUGCAUUUAGAAUUCUUCGUUAGGAUGUAUCAAUCCUGUGCCUUCCGAAUUGUUUCCAGAAAUUCCAGUCAUGUUGCUCUGCCAUCAUUACUGCUAGUGUCCCCUUACAAUCAACUUUAACCAGCUACUCUCUCAAUUCUGUAAUCCCUUUACUCCACUGUAAUACUGAUACAUCUGAUUUUAGCUUCUCCUUCUCAAAUUGCAGGGUGAAUUCUAUCACUGGCCCCUAAGAGUUCAUUUACCUUAAGCUCUAUAAUUAAUUCCGGUUCAUUGCAAACACCCAUUCCAAAACAGCUGAUCCCCUAGGUGGCUGUACCAUGAGCUGCUCUUAAAAGCCAUCCUGCAGGUAUUCUACAAAUUCCCCUUCUUGGGAUCCAGCACUGACCUGACCUGAUUUUCACCAUAUACCUGCAUAUUGAAAUCCCAGCAUGAUUAUCGUAACAUUGCCCUCUUGUCAUGCAUUUUCUAUCCUCUGUAAUUUGUAGACCACAUCUUUGCUACUGUUCAGAGGUCUGUAUAUAACUCCCAUCAGGGUCUUUUUACUCUUGCAGCUUCUUAACUCUAUCCACAACGAUUCUGCACCUUCUGAUCCUAUGUCACCUCUUUCUAAGGAUUUGAUUUCAUUUUUUUUUUUACAACAGAGCCACCCCAUCCCCUCUGCCUAUCUGCCUGUCUGUUCGAUACAAUAUGUAUCCUUGGACAUUAAGCUCCCAGCUAUAAUCUUCUUUCAGCCACGAUUUAGUGAUGCCCACAAUGUCAUACAUGCCAAUCUGUAACUGUGCUACAUGUUCAUGUACCUUAUUCUGUAUACUGCGUGCAUUCAGCUGGAACAACUUUAGUGCUGUAUUCAUCACGCUUUUGGAUUUUGUCCCCCUUUUGUAUCGCAGCUCAUCCGAUUGACUGCAAUUUUGCUCGCCUCCCCUUGCUAGCAGUCUCACUACACACUUUUUCUGUUGUAAACCAACUACCCCAUCCUCAGCCUUAUCACUCUAGUUCCAAUUUCCCUGACAAAUUAGUUUAAACCUUCCCGAGUAGCUCUGGCAAACCUGCCCACCGCUAUUGGUCGUCCUCGGGUUCAGGUGUAAUCCAUUCCUUUUGUGCAGGUUGUACCUUUCCCAGAAACGAUCCCAAUCAUCCAGAAAUCUGAAUCCUUGUCCCCUGCAACAGUUCCACAGCCAUGUUGGCGUGUGACACAGGCAGCAAUCCAUAGAUUACUACUCUGGAGGUCUUGCUAUUCAUGUUUUUUCCUUGCUCCCUAAAAUCUUCCUUCAGGACUUCUUCACCUAUGUGAUUGGUGCCAAUAUGUACCAGGACUUCUGUCCGCUCACGCUCCCCUUUUGGAAUGCCGUGGAUCUGAUCCAAGACAUUCCUGACCCUGGCACCUGGCAGGCAACAUGCCAGGGUCAUCCAUGACAAUUAAUGUGGCUCGGGGAGGGUUUUAAAAAAAUCUUCAUUCUUAUUUAGAGCAUUAAAAUAGAAUUGUUCAAAGUAAAUGUUAUUGUCUAAGUACAUAUAUGUCACCAUACACAGUCCUGAGAUUCACUUUCCUGUGAGCAUGCUCAGCAAAUCUAUAGAGUAGUAGCUCUUGCAGCAAACUGUGCAAAUGCAAAUAUAAAUAAAUAGCAAUAAAUAAUGAAAUAUGAGAUAAUGCAAUAAAGAGUCCUUAAAGUGAUUGGUUGUGGAAAACAUCUUAAUGAUGGGGCAGGUGAGUGUAGUUAUCCCCUUUUAUUCAAGAGCCCGAUGGUUAAGGGGUAGUAACUGUUCUUGAUCCUGGUCCCGUGAGUCCUGAGGCUCUUCUCCCUGAUGGCAGCAGCAAGAAGAGAGCAUGGCUGAAGUGUUGGAACUUAAUGGAAAAAAAACUAAUGUCUUUUACAUUUCCCAUAUUGGCAUUCAUCUCUCCAAGGAAUCUAUCUUCAAAAUGGGACUUUUUAAUGUAUGCACAUAUUUUUGAAAACUGUAAGACAUUAUUUAUUUUAAACUGUUGGCUUAAUUGAUUGCAUCACCCUCCAGUACACAGAAGUUUACAAAUUGAUUUAAUGCUAUUUUUAAGCAGAGACCAUGGAACAGUUUAUUUAACACAGUAUAAGUUGAAUUCAAGCUUAUUUCAGGUUAACUGCCCAAGGCACAUUAGUAUCCAAUUGUGUUGAUCCACUAGUCAUUUUCCAGUAUCAGAUGCACAUCCAGUGUGUUACUGGUCAUACAAUACUCUUUUUUUCUCCCUCACCAAUGAAAUUUGGAGCUCCAAGAUGAAGCCUGUGAUCUUCAUGUGGCUAAUCUGUGCAAAAGGAAUACAUUGCGUUUUUAACGUUAUCUAAAGCAACACAUUCUGAAAACAUGACUGGGUAGCUUCUGAAAGUACUGAAGACUGAUCACAGUGCGUAGUCCACAGAGUUUAUAGGUUAUGCGUGCUCCAGAAGUUAGUUACUGAUGCACUCAUUCUAUUGGUCCCUCUAUCCUGACACAACUGGUAGCAUAGCUAGCAACCUUUUAGGAAGAAAAUUUGGUGGUGAUUUCUCAAAGAGAGUGUGAAGGAUUGUUAAUUACAUCUGAUCUGUCGACAUAGUCAUUUGUUUAGUUUAUCCUAGUCUCUACCCUAUUGACCAGAAGUGUUAAUUCUAUUGUUGUCUAAUAUGCUGAGUGUUUCUAACAUUUUCCAUUUUUAUUAAUACCACCUUCUAUUUUGAUUUUGAUUCAAAUUUACUUUCUUCGAGCAUUGCUGUGAAUGGACAUGAAUGUUUAGUUCAGUGUAUCUCAAAAUUGUAUUUGAGUAAUGCUCAGCUGUUAUAAGAUCUAUUGAAUAAUAAUACUAUGUGUUUCCUUUCCCUAGGUGCUAUACUUGUUAAAGUUAACUCGCACAAGUUCUGACUUUUAUCAUUUUGGUAUUGUCUGUCUGUUCAUUACUUCUGAGUCUGUUUGCUAAUGUGAAUUAGAAACAUAAGUGAACUACUUGUAACUCUGCUACCUCAGCUACAAUAUUAUGACUUCAAGAUAUUUUAUAGAUUAGCCUUGGGUAGGAAUCUUAGCUUUUUCCAAUUGAGUUUUCUGUCCUGCAUCACUGCCAGUUCAGUUCUCGACAACUCUGAUAUGGGGUGAAGGUGGGAGCUGUAAGAAUUGCUCAUUUUCUGAUUUCCGUUUUUAAAAACAAACUCACCCAAUUUCAUUUGGAUAUUUUCUUGUAUCAGGCAACUUAUCAGCUUUUUCUUGCAGGACAUCUGUAAAUGCUUUUUUGUGUGAAUAUCUGUACAUGGACUAAAAACUUAAUGGAGGUCUCAUAACUCUAUUUCAUGAGUUCCAGAUAAGCAGUCUCAGUCAUUGACUCUUCUGGGUGACUGGGAUAUGCAACUCACUUAUUGACUUGACACUUUAUAGUUUUGAAUAAUAAGCCAUCAUUUAUUAUCUUUACAAAAACAUGUUCAUCUUUAAAAGAAUGUUUGAAAUAUUUGUGUGCUAUUACAGUACUAUGUCUCUUAUCUUCACUUAAAAUAUCAGACCAAAUCUUUCUAGUAACCAUCUUGUUCCAUAAAAAUUUGUAUAAUGGUAUGGUCAGGGAAAAGGUUAAUGAUAGGGAAAAUCAUACAGCGAACUGUGUUUAUUUAAUUGUAAAUUGUCUGUU